AUGCGAGACGGCGGGUAUUCCAAUCCAAGGAAAACUGAGCACUCACCUGAGUCUGGGAGAAUCGGGCCGGCUCGCCGCGUUUGGCUUCCAACUUUCAUGCAGCGCCUGUUGAGGUCUCCUGCAAGGCCUCUUGCUUCAUUCUAUCGAUUACUGUCAACAGGUGUAGAAGGCUCGGAAAUACGCAGUCAAGACCGCUCAGGUCCAUCCAAAUACACCAGCGAAGAUCUAGAGACCUUCAGGAGACGACGAAAGACAGAUUGGAAACGGAGACAAGGAGGUCAAUCGUUCCUUGACAAUGUCAUCAUUACUGUUCGUGGGGGCAAAGGAGGGGAUGGUUGUGCCGCCUUUCAUCGAGAGAAGUUCAUACCCUUCGGACCACCAUCAGGUGGAGACGGAGGGCGUGGAGGAGACGUCUACAUUCUCCCUACCCCCCAGCUGACGACACUCUCUUCCGUACCCAAGAAGAUUCGAGGUGAAAAUGGUAGUCAUGGACAAGGGACGUGGCAGAACGGGAAAGCGGGGGCACCGUUGGUUAUCAAGGUGCCCGUAGGGACUACUGCUAGACAACUACCUUGGAACGACCCUCGUCGAGCGAAGGAUGUAUGGGAAGCGGAAGAAGAGUCGCUCGAAAGCCUCGAACCAUCCGACAAACGCGACAAGAUGCGGGAAAAGCGUUGGGUGCAUUAUCCUCGAUACAGAGACGACAACGUGGAACGAGACUCGUUCAAGGAGGCGGAAUCAGCCUACUACAAAGCCGAACGCGUACGCAAGUUCGAGAGUCGACGAAAGGCGACACAAGAACUUAUCAGCCUGGAUCUUGACAAGGAAGAAGUCUUUGAACGACCACUCAAUGCACCCCUUGGGACGCGGCACCAAGAACCUCUUGGGCACUUGAUCGCUUCUGGCGGACUAGGCGGGCUGGGAAACCCUCACUUCAUCUCGACCGAAAAUCGCUCGCCUAAGUUCGCGACGCGAGGGCUUGAAGGAGAACGAAUCACUUUGUCUCUCGAACUCAAGAUACUAGCUGAUGUGGGUCUUGUCGGAAUGCCAAACGCCGGCAAGAGCACCCUGCUUCGAGCUCUGACGGGUGGAAGAGCCAAGAGCGAGAUCGCAAGUUACGCCUUUACCACCCUCAACCCCGUUGUCGGCAUCGUUCGCGUAGCCGAGGACGGCACCUUCGAAGGUAGCAUAUCUGGACAAACCGUCCAUGACGAAACAUGGCGAGAAGAACUCGAAGAGGCUGAACGGGUAGCACGUGGAGAAUAUGCCAAUGCUCGGACGCGCAACCAGACGCCUGACGAGACCUCCGAUACCUCUGCGACACCGACGAGAGCGGGACACGAUUUCGACGUCUUCGAGAUCUUCCGCUUCACCAUCGCUGAUAACCCUGGUCUCAUUUCGCGCGCCGCAGAAAACGUUGGCCUCGGACACGCUUUUUUGCGCUCCAUCGAGCGAUCUCUAGCCUUGGUCUACGUCGUGGAUUUUUCAGCAGAGGCACCAUGGGAAGAAUUGGCUGUCCUUCGCGAAGAACUCGAGAACUAUCAACCUGGAAUGAGCGAGAAGGCACGAAUCGUUGUUGCCAAUAAGGCAGACCUUUUGGGAGGUGAUGGCAACCCGACGGAGGUGGAGAAUGCAAAGGAGAAGCUGCGACGACUAGAGGAGUACGUCAGGACCCAAAUGGUGACCGUGGAGGGUAGGACUCUCGACGUCGUUCCGACCUCAGCCAAGUUUAGCCAAAAUCUCAUGAAACUCGUUGGCUUGAUGCAAAAGUAUGUCGAAGAGGAGAGGUCGCGUGUGGAGGACAAUUGA